AUGGCCAUCCGCCAGUGGGUAAUCGCCCUGGCCUUGGCUGCCCUCCUUGUUGUGGACAGGGAAGUGCCAGUGGCAGCAGGAAAGCUCCCUUUCUCAAGAAUGCCCAUCUGUGAACACAUGGUAGAGUCUCCAACCUGUUCCCAGACGUCCAACCUGGUCUGCGGCACUGAUGGGCUCACAUAUACGAAUGAAUGCCAGCUCUGCUUGGCCCGGAUAAAAACCAAACAGGACAUCCAGAUCAUGAAAGAUGGCAAAUGCUGA